GACAGUUUACCCACGCGUUUAUAUCGUAAGCACGAAGCUCGCUGAUUUCUCGACGGUGAAGGUCUCUGUUUUGUUUUUCUUCUUCGACAAAUUCGAAAUGACAAUUGGCACCACCACACCGGUAUUACACCCUAAUGAUGCUACGUCAAAACCCUUUUUGGUUACCUUAUCUAUGGACGAAGGGAAGGAGAAGUACGUGUCAAAAGUGGCGGAUACUGCUGAUGAUUCUUCUUCCAGCAAAGGAAAAAAACGUUUUCAAUUUCUAAUUAGUUUUUGCGCUGCCCUAGUGGGUAUGCAAGCCGGCAUAACUCUUGGCUGGACGUCGCCGAUUCUGCCGUAUCUCACAUCCGAAGAGUCCUUCCUCCCGAAACUGUCCGAGAGUGAGAUCUCGUGGAUAUCAUCCUUGCUAGCGUUGGGUGCGAUCGCGGGUGCCGUACCAGCCGGCAAGGUCGCCGAUUGGAUCGGCCGGAAGUGGGCCAUCAUUCUGACAGUAGUGCCGUUCACCACGUGCUGGCUCACCUUGAUCACAGCCACAAACGUCAUCAGCGUAUGCGUCGCGAGGUUCAUCGGUGGAAUCGGCGCCGGGGCGGCCUGCGUCCUGGUGCCCGUCUACAUCGGCGAGAUCGCCCAGGCGUCGAUCCGGGGCGCCCUGGGCGCCUUCUUCCCUCUGCUCUUCUCCUCGGGGAUAUUAUUCUCCUACGUGGCGGGCGCCUACUGUUCCUACGUCAUCUUCAACAUCGCCUGCUGCGCUAUCCUGCUGCCCUUCGUCCUUAGCGCGCCCUUCAUGCCGGAGUCGCCGAUGUGGCUGAUGCAACAAGGUCGCCAAGAUCAGGCGGCCGGAGUGCUGUCGAUUCUGCGAGGAUCGCGUUACAACAUCGUCGAGGAACUGGCAGUUCUUCAGGACGAGGUGACCAGGAUAGCGAAGGCCUCGGGCGGCUUCAAGGACCUCGUCUGGACCAAGGCCGGACGUAGGGCCGCCGUUACUUGCGUGGGACUCAUGUGCUUCCAGCAAUUGUGCGGCGUGGACGCGAUGCUCUUCUACACGGUCCACAUCUUCCAGGCGGCCAACAGCACGAUCGAUCCCUUCCUGGCGACCAUCAUUAUCGGCCUCACCGAGGUCGUCAUGACUAUAUUCGUCGCUACUGUCAUCGACAGAUUUGGUCGGAAGCCGCUCCUGCUAAUAUCCGGCGCGUUGAUGACUGUUUGCCUGGCUAUCCUGGGUUACUACUUCCGACUCAAGGACGGAGGAAGCGACGUGAGCGCCUUUGGCUGGGUGCCGCUCACCAGUCUCGCGUUCUUCAACGUUGUCUUCUCGAUCGGUUACGGGUCCGUACCUUUCACGGUAAUAAGCGAGAUAUUCCCGCCGGAAACCAAGGGCGUCGCCAGCAGCAUGUCGAUCGUGACACACUGGAGCCUCGUGUUCGCCGUCACCAAACUGUUCCCGACCAUGGAGCACGAGAUGGGUCAGGCGGCGACCUUCUGGACGUUUUCCUGCUUCACUGCCGCAUCGGUCGCCUUCGCGUACUUCGUCGUCCCGGAGACGAAGGGUAAAACGUUGCAGGAGAUACAGAAGAAGCUCGAGCGGAAGAAAGUGUCGAGCGUCAAGUAUCCGGUCGAACCGGCUUGAAAAUCUCCCGGCAUGUCGCCAAAAAUGUUUACGCUGUCGCGUCAUGUUCUCAGCGCAAAGAUUAGUAUAUUGUGAUGAUUCUGAUAGAGGUCCAAAGAUACUGACGAGCGAUGCAGGAUCUGCGCCGCUAUUUAUUUUUUUUAAUUUUUACGGAAACGAACAGUUUUCCACAAACGAUUAUUCGAAAUAAAUUCCUUAUUUUUUUAUUAGAUGUAAUUAUUGUUAAAAGGAGGGAGAAAAUUAUAAUAUCGUAAAUACAUGAUAUGUGCAUCGGUGCAAUAACUUUUUAGAAGCGCAUUUAAAGCAUCAAGAAUCGUACAAAAAAAUGAAACAUAUAAAUCUGAGAUCUUUUUGCACACAGAAAUUUCAUUUUAAUUAUUUCAUCAAAUUUAAUUCAAAUUUUUGUUCAAAAUUACAUAUCAUUUAUAUCUAAAUACAGAUUUUUUACUUUCCAUAAUUCAUUAUUUGUGUGAAAGCAAACCGUGUCGAGCAUGUUGAACAAUUUUAUUGUUUAAAGAAGCAUUUUUUUAGCAUUAUAGAGUGAUAAUUAUUAUUUUUAUAUUAAAUUAAUAAAAUUUCAAUACAAUAUUACAAAUAUGUUACCGACCAGCUGAUGUCUGGAUUAAAGUGAAUAUCUUCUGUUAGAUGUCACGUGCUGUACAUUUAUUGUACGAAAACGUCGCAUUCUCGUGUUACUUUAAAAAUAAAAUUAUAUUCAUUUUAACUAUUUAAUUUUUAUAUUUUUAAAUAAUAUAGUUUGAGUAAACAUUAAUUAAACAAGUUAUCCACAUUUUUCAUCGGUACUCAUCAGUAGUCAAUGAUCGAGUAAUGUAAAUAAUAAAAGUAAUCUAUUUAAAUCCUUCGUAAAAAUUUCAACGUUUGUUUAGCAAUUUAAAAAUGUCACAAAAUGUGGCAAAAUUAUUGCUACGCAUGAAAUGUCAAAUGUCAAAUAUAUAAAAUAAGCAUUGGAGAUUAAAAAAUUGUGAAAGACAACAAAAAAGUGUAUAUUCUCUGCUCUGAAAUAUAUGGUAAAAAUUCUUUUCA